UCAAGAUCCAUUUGAUAAACAUGUCCAACAUAUAUACCAUGGAUCCAAGUUUAAUCAGUAUGCUCAGUGUCUAUUUUGAAAUUCUGGAUAUAAUAAUUACUCCUAUAUCUACUUGUUUUGAAGAAAAUGUUGGUCCUACAGGAACAAGAUUAGAUGGUGACUCGCCGAAUGACAUUCAAGAUUACUCAUCUGGUGGUGAUUUAUUACCUGGUAUUGAGGGAUUUCAAGUUGUCGGCAAUCCUAUACCAGGAUCUACUCUAAGAGCAUGUGGUUUUUCUAUAAAUGGUACUACACAUUGUAAUUUCCAGUGGGUUCACUAUCUUGAAGAUGGCACUAGGCAAUCUAUUGAAGGUGCUACGAUGUACGACUAUGUGGUUACUGCAGAUGAUGUUGGCGCUGUUCUUGUUGUAGAGUGCACCCCUAUGGAUGACCACGGUCGUCAGGGUCAUUUGCUGAUGGAGUUUGCUAACAGUAAGCAAAAGAUAACCUGUGGUAAGUUUAUGUUGUUUGUAUUGUUGCCUCUUGGUCCUGGAUCUCUGAUAUGAUAAAUUGUGACAUUGUCAAGCUCUGCUUUAACAUUAUUGGAUCAACAUUGUAAUUGACGUCUUCUUACUUUCAUAUUUUGAAAUUUGCAAAGUGUCUAGGCACUGCUACUUACUAGGAGGAUCUGCCGUCGUCGUGAUGGUUCGACCAUCUUCCCACCUACGAGGGAAACAUCGACCAAAAACCCACCCGUCGCGGGAAGGCCACGAUGGCACGAGAAGGAUUUUUUUUCUAACUCAGGCCACGUAACACACGAAAAGGUUCGUGCUCGUCGCCGACUCAUUCUCUGUACACCCACGGAAGUUAGAUCUCUCCCCCUCCCUUCUUCACCCCGCAUCCCCUUCCCCACGCACGCAAACGCCUUACCCCCUCCCCCGCCACGACCUCGCCGUCGCCGCCACCACACACCCGCCUAACCAGGAACC